GGGCCCAAUAGGUUAGGUGCGCGGCGCAUCUGUGUAUAGGUCGAAUUCUCCCGCCAGUCGUUGGGGCCCGUCAGUGUCUUUCGCGUCCUCGCACGGCUAACAUCUCCGGCUGGUUCGCGUGCAUUUCGCGAUUCGUUCCUUCGCGUUCCUUUUGUGUGUCGCGCGACGUGUCGAAUUCGGAUCGUAGCAAGGUGGACUCGCAAGGACGUUGAGUAAAACUCGUCCUCGGAGUCCUGGCAAUCCGACUAAAUGAAACUUUUCUGCGGUUAGAGCCGAAAUACUCCGUUCCUUUUCCUUUUUCCUUUUUCCUUCUUUCUCCCUUCCCCCUUCUCUUUUUCUCUCAUCCCUUUUCACCUUCCUUCUUCUCGAUUUCAACCCUCGAGUGCACGAUCGACCAUUGUGGAUCAUGGAGACUGGAUUCUGGAGACUGGCCCUCUGCUGGAUAUUUGUCGUCGGAGCGGCGCGAGCAAACGUUCAGAGCAAAGUGAGAUGCUCCGAGCAGUGGAUGGAGGUCGACAUCGUGAGGAGCAGCCCACAGGCUAGUAUAUAUCUCCAGCAGCUGAAGGAGUUUCCAGACGAGGCGUGCAAGGCCCGACUGAGCAACGGCGUCGCAACGUUCCGGUUAUCGCUCCUGGAGGAGGACAUAUUACGAUGCGGUAUCACGAAAGUCGUUAACAAAGUCACGGGUCAGAAAGUGUACUUCCAUCGAAUAAUAGUGGAGGAGCCCGUGGAUUCCAGCAAGCACACAUUCACGGUAAAGUGUGUCAUCACCGAGGUCCUCGUGAAGCCUAGCAUCUCGGUCGAGUCCAAUCACACCACGGUUCGACGCAGCGUCUUUCCAGCAGGCUUUCAGGAACCAGACAUGGUUGAGAUUAGGGGCGAGAUCUCCGAGUCAGCGCCAGUCCCGAUCUUAGGGGUUGGCGUCAGGCAAGGCGGCACCCUAGUUACUGGAGAGCUGAACGUCAGUCCAGGUACACCUCUGCAGAUGGAAAUCUUUUUAGACAACCACUCUGCACCAGUUUAUGGUCUGUUGGUCAGCUACAUGUUGGUCACUGACACCAAGUCACAGGAGGAAACCAUAAUCAUUAAUGGGUGCUCCGUGGAUCCCUAUCUCUUCGAGAACUUCAACACCGUGGACGGAGACUUCCUGACGGCGAAAUUCCGGGCAUUCAAGUUCCCAGAAAGCACAUACGUUCAGUUUCGUGGCACCGUGAACGUCUGUUUAGACAAGUGCCAAGGGAUUGAAUGCAGCAACGGCCGAGUAGGCUUCGGUAGAAAGAAGAGGGCCAUAGAAGUCUCGAAUAGCGACAAAAACAAGAUCUUCGAGGUGACCAUGUCCACGUUCAUCAAGGUCGACUUUGAAGAUGACACUGUGGUUGACGAAGCUCUGUCGCAGUUGUACAUCAGAAAGGGGAAGAACAGGACGAAAGCCAGGGCAGCGAUCGCGAAGGAUGUGAUAGAAAAUACAGGUUGGACGACGAUCAGAACGGAAGAAGGAGCCAUCAUAAAACAGGAAUUUCACGAACUGUCCGUAUACAAGUCCAUGGGUACAGAGAAUGGUUCCUCGUGUAGGACGUUGUCUUUCGCCAUCGGGCUUCUUCUCCUCUAUCUUUGCAAGCUCUUGUAGAAUUUAAGGGGAACAGUUUCGAUAACUGACGAAUAAUCGCCAAUUGUAAAUAAAAAGCAGCUUGAGAGCCGGCUGGAUUCGAGGCUACCACCGAGAAAAGGGGACCGAAUUUCUUGCUGGUUGUUAGUAUAAUUCUUUUCCUUUACGCGUAGAGAGAAACGGUGAAUUUGGAUCCCGUCCAAUUCGUGUGAUAUCGAAUCGAAAUGGAACGCGAUCUGCUCCGAUAGACGCAUGGGUUUUUUGUUGGACAAUGGUUCCCAACAGCUGUCCGUGAACGAAAAUUUGUAAUUAGUGAGAACGCUUUGUUUGCAAACGAGUCGUCAAACUUCCUCCGGCACUAACGAUAACAUUUUAUUCGUUUCUAAAAGUACUCGUACGCUUCACCAAUGUGGACCUUGUAAAAAAUAAUUAAUCUAUUUUAUUCCUAACAAGUUAUUGUGAAAUUUUGUUAUAGUAUAACAUAAUCUUCGCUGUUGAACAUUUGGAAACUAGACAUCAUCUAGGUAGAAAAAACUAUUUAAAUACAAAUCGAAUGAGGAUACUUUCUCUCUAGCCAUUAUUCGAUGGGUUCGAAUUUCCAUGAGUCUCGAAUACACGAAUAAAGAUAGCAAGAUGAAGAACAUAAAACGUUGGUUGAUUAAACAAGUAUCUUCACUCGUCGAAUGCAUCUACUUCGAACAAUAGAUACUUUUCAAUACUUUUGAUAAUUCUUUGAAAAUGUGUGCCUUAUAAAUGGCAGCCUCUUCCAAGUGUGUCAUGACGUUAAAAAUGUUGGGAAGCACUGUCAUCGGGAGAAAAAUUGCGAAGAUUACGAGUUGAUUUUAGGGUUGACAUGAAAGAAACCGUGCUCAAGAAACUUCUCCGCUUUGCGACCGCCGAAUUUUCCAAAUAUUUCUUCGGAAUUUCCUUCCUCCUUGUUC